UUUAAUAAGUUGACUUGCAUUGGUUCUGCUCUCUCUAGCAAGAACAGCUCAUAAAUCUUUCAUUGAUAUUUGAUCCUCAUCAUUAUCAUUGCCAUCAUGAAACUCGUUAGCGACCCUCCCGUAACUCUUGUCUGGUUCUUGAAUAAUGUGCCUCAUUUCUGAAUCUCAUAGUAUUUGAAAAGUUCAAAGAAUCCAUCUUUUUCUCUGGUUGAAUUGCAGGUGUUUUGAUGCUGCUGGAGAAAAUGGGAAAGGAAAUUAACCCAUUGUUCAUCUUCGUGCUGGUUGCUAUUUUCCCAUUCAUCAUUGCUGAACCAGUUCAAGAUAAACAAGCAUUGCUAGAUUUCAUUGGGCAUAUUCAUCAUUCACGAUCUCUCAACUGGAGCAAGGAAACUUCUGUAUGCAACAAUUGGAUAGGGGUGACAUGCAACAGUGAUCAUUCCAGAGUUAUUGCCCUGCGUUUGCCUGGUGUUGGACUUGGUGGCCCUAUUCCGGUUAACACUCUCGGUCGUUUAUCUGCUGUCGAGAUUAUCAGUCUUCGAUCAAAUGGAAUUUCGGGUUCAUUCCCUUCUGAUUUUGCUCAACUCAAGAAUUUGACCACCCUUUAUCUUCAGUUCAACAAGUUGUCUGGCACAUUGCCUGAUUUCUCGGUUUGGAAUAAUCUUACAGUCCUUGAUCUUUCCAACAAUGGCUUCAAUGGAAGCAUUCCUCCUUCAGUUUCAAAGUUGACUCACCUCACUAUUCUGAAUCUUUCAAAUAACUCUCUUUCAGGUGAUAUUCCUGAAAUCAAUAUCCCUAGUUUGCAACACCUUGAUUUAGCCAACAACAAUCUUACAGGGAUUGUUCCCAAGACCCUUGAAAGAUUUCCAAGUUGGGCAUUUUCUGGUAAUAAUCUUUCAUCUGGAAACGCCCUUCCUCCUCCUGCUCUUCCAAGCCAGCCACCCAAUGCUCAUCGGCCUUCAAAGAAAGCCAAAAAACUGGCUGAACCUUCACUCUUGGGGAUCAUAAUUGGCGGUUCCUUGCUGCUGUUCGUGCUAGUUGCCCUUUUGAUGAUCUGUUGUCACUCAAUGAAGCAAAAGCAACAAGAAUUUCCCACAAAAAAAGAGGUAUCUUUGAAGAACAAGGCUUAUGAGAAUCAUGAUAAGAACACCAGGCUCGUCUUCUUUGAUGGAUGUAAUUUAGUAUUUGACUUGGAGGACUUGCUGAGAGCAUCUGCAGAGGUGCUUGGGAAGGGUACAUUUGGAGUAACAUACAAAGCAGCCUUAGAGGAUGGUACAACAGUUGCAGUGAAGAGGCUGAAGGAGGUAACUUCCGGCAAACGGGAGUUCGAGCAACAGAUGGAGGCAGUUGGGUGUAUCAAACAUGAGAAUGUGUCCGGAGUUGGGGCGUAUUAUUAUUCCAAGGAUGAGAAGCUCGUGGUUCAUGAUUACUACAACCAAGGAAGCGUCUCUGCUCUGCUACAUGGUAAAAUAGGUGAAGGUCGGAGACCUAUGGACUGGGAAACUAGGCUUCGAAUUGCCAUCGGUGCGGUAAAAGGCAUUGCUUAUAUCCACGCACAAAACAAUGGAAAACUUGUCCAUGGAAAUAUAAAAGCAUCCAACGUUUUCCGUAACUCUGAAGGGUAUGGUUGUGUCUCAGAUAUUGGUUUGGCAGCAGUUAUGAGUCCAGUGCCACCAUCUGCAAUGCGAGCAGCGGGUUAUCGUGCGCCAGAAGUAACAGACACUAGGAGAACAACUCAAGCAUCUGACGUAUACAGUUAUGGGGUCUUGUUACUCGAGCUCUUAACCGGAAAAUCACCGGUACAUGCCACCGGCGGAGAGGAGAUUGUUCACCUGGUGAGGUGGGUGCAUUCCGUAGUUAGAGAAGAGUGGACUGCAGAAGUUUUCGACAUAGAACUAUUGCGGUAUCCGAAUAUCGAGGAGGAAAUGGUGGAGAUGCUACAAAUCGGGAUGAGUUGUGUCGUGAGAAUUCCAGAGCAGAGACCGAAAACGUCUGUCUUGGUGAAAAUGGUGGAGGGAAUUCAGCGAGAAAACAUGGGGAACCAACCAUCAUCUGAAACUAAACCAGAGACAUCAGAAAUCAUUCCGUCUUCAUCAGUUCCAUCGUGAGAUUGUUUAGUUUUA